AUGACAGACUUGUGGUUAAUUUCUGUCCCUUUGGACAAGGCCAGUUUAAUCAGUGUAGAAAAACUCAAGCGCACUAUAGCCAAAAAGAACCUCGCCUCCUGCUGCAGGUUCUCCAUUCCAGAGCUCAAGGUGGGAAUACUGGACAGUCUGCUCAGCGUGUCAGAUGAUCUUUCCAAGCUUGACACACUGACUGAGAGUGUGAUUAAAAAAACCUAUCAGUGUAUGAGGGAGGUGAUGGAGCAGUCUGAUGACAAAGUGCUGGAAAACGCCUUAGCCAAUGGAGUGGAUCUGAUGAGCUAUGUGACAAAGUUUCAGUGGGACAAAGCCAAGUAUCCCACAACUCUGCCUCUGUCCAGCCUGGCAGACAUCAUCAACAAGGAAGUUUCACUGAUGGAGGCGGAAUUAAGAUCCCGAGUUCUUGCGUACAACAGUGUGAAAACCAGCUUGCAAAGCUUCGACCACAAAACGCAUGGGAGUUUACAAACCUGCAGCCUGAAUGACAUAGUGAGACGUGAAGACCUGGUGGUGUCAGAGUACCUCACAACUCUUCUAGUACUGGUCAGCAGAGGGAGCUACCUGCAGUGGGAGAGGACUUACGAGUCUUUGUCACAGUUUGUGGUUCCUCGCUCCAGCAGGAAGCUGUUGGAGGACGGAGAGGGAGGACUAUUCGCUGUUACACUCUUCAAAAGAGCCGUGUGUGAAUUCAAAGCCAACGCCCAGGACAGCAAGUUCAGCGUGCGUGAGUACAGCUUUGAUGUGGAGGAGAAGAGGCAGCAGGAGAAGAAGCAGCUCAGUGUUCACAAGAAGGAACAGUAUGGGAUCUUUGUGCGUUGGCUGAAGGUGAACUUCAGUGAGGUCUUUGUUGCCUGGAUUCACUUGAAAGCAUUGAGGGUGUUUGUGGAGUCGGUCCUCAGGUACGGGCUGCCGGUGAACUAUCAGGCUCUCCUGCUGCAGAGCGACAAGAAGCGUUCAAAGAAACUCAGGGAGGAACUCUCCUCACUGUUCAUGCAUCUGGACCCCACUGCCACAGCCGGCAAGACAGAGGUGAGCCUUGACAUCCCAGGGAUCUGUCAGCAGGAGUACUCCUCCGUCAUCUGCUUCCACGUCAACACCAACCUGCUGGAGCUCAGCUAGCGGUCAGCAAAAAAGAAGGACCCACAAAAAAGACACAACAAUGAGUAUCCUGUCCCUCACGCUGUGGACACUUCCUACUAAGCAGUCAGAGCCAGGAACAAAAAGGGCACUGGCCUCUUAAUAAAGCUCAGCUAAUGAAGGAUAAAUCCCUGAACACUUUGGUUUUCAACAUUUCUCGUGAGCUGGAAAAUAACUGCGGGGCUUCCCUUUGACAGCUCUGUAAAUAAUCUGUGAACGGUGGAUGAACGUUGGUCCUCUUCACCAAAAUAUAAGCAGCAAAUGGACUGCACUGUUGCAAUGUGCUGCACAUGCUGUGGAACGAUUCCCUCCAGAAACCUGAAGACUGUCCAAGAGUACAGAAGCAAAUCUGAAGACAGUUUAGGAAAAUAUAUCAUGACUCUGUUUAUACCAUUUAACUUAUUUAAAAUCACAAUGUUUUUAAUGUAAAGCUAUUAUUUGUGAAAGGAGAACUAGAAUACUAUGCUUAGUUAGAAUGACUUUGUAGCUGUGUUUCCACCUAAGUAACUUGACACUUAAGACUUUCUUGAAAUUAGAACACUUUUUUGUUUGGGAUUCAUUGUCGGUAUUUUUUUCAGCAUUCAAUGUAUUUACAAUAGUACAAGGAAAGUAGUUUCCUUUCCCGUUGGUGGUGGUAUAUUUAUUUCCUUUACAGGCAGCUCACACCAGUAACUAUUAAAACAUCAUCCAGCACUGAAUGUCAAGGAUUAUAACUUUCUAUAGAAGCCAUGGGCUGUAUAAGCAAUGGUAGAAAAAGUACAAGAGUCCGCACACCAGAAGCCCGAAAUGUUACAUGUGAUAUUCUGUUCAAUUCAAUUUAAUUGGAGCAGCUUCUGGUGUGCAGACUCUGUACUCUUUCUGUGUUUGGAUGUUUUUUUGUCAAGCACCCAGUACUUGAACUUUCCCGGAUGUGCGUGCCUUUUUGACAUUUCUGUUUAAGAAAUGGACGUAGCCUCCUGGUUUCAAAAGUGAAGCCAGGGCAGCAGAGUGAGGAAUGACAUGCUGGAAAGGAGCCACAGGUCAGACUUGAAACGGGGCUGACUCUUGGAGGACCACAGCUGUUGUACAUUGGGCGUGGUCUAUCCGCUAUACCCUAUCAGACACCCUGAAGACAUUAGCUUUAACAUAAACUUCCCCUAUUUCAUGGUUUUUUUUUCUGCUCGACUGAACAUUUUCCCCUUGACUUGUGGAGCUUCUUCUUCAAUACGGCAUGAUGUUCAUCUUUCAAAUCACGUUCCCAUUUUAAGUAAACCAGUGUAUGACUGGAUUUAAGUCGCUAUUCCAUUAUGAAAGUGUAUAAGUAUCCACUCUCUUGUCCAAAUGUGGUGACAUCAAGCUCCCAAAAUAACCAGUCUGCAAAUGUGAAAAUAACUUUAAUUUGUAUGCAUAUACUUCCUUUAAUAGACUCCAGAUGGAGCUGUGCGAGUUCUGACACAUGUCCGUUAAUAACCUCUGUUCAAACAGCUUUGGUUGAAGAUGAAGGACUCUAAAAUUGAAAAAUAAAAUAAAAUCAGUACAGGUUUUGAUGUGUAACCUCCAGCCCACUCCUCAGCUCUGCUCAAAGCUACUUUACACAAACUGGAUGUUCUGCUCAAGAUCUUUCUUGUGGCGAGUUAAAUAAUAUAAGAAAAGAGUCAAGACCUGCUCCUUUUCU